UACCGUAAAGAAUCAAAGAUGUCCGUCACGACUGAUUUCAGUUUCAGUCCAAGAUCUGUGUAGUCCUUGGAUGCUUGGACCAACGCGACACUAGGAUAGCGAUUUUCCUUUCGUUAUGAGUAUUAGAGAUGUUUGAGUGGAUUUCACGGUCGUCUGUGCGCGCGUUCACGACAAAAAAUGCGAAAUUUUCACGGGCACCGCAAAUAAUAACGCGUGCGCAUUCAGGUUACUCGCGCAUCGAGAAAUUCUAACCAUCGCCUAAUUAUUUUGGCCUAAUCGUACUAGGUUUUUGUUCGUUUCCUCGUCGAAGUCUCAAACGCUGUCACGUCUUAAAGAAUUGCACAAUCAACGACGUCGAGAUGGCUGAUGACACUAGUGUACGCGUCGCCGUACGAAUAAGGCCUCAGGUAGCACGUGAAGUGAUUGACAUGUGUAGGAUAUGUACUCAAGUACCUCCAGGAGAACCCCAGGUCUUUCUUGGACCAGACAAGGCCUUCACAUACGAUUAUGUUUUUGAUACUGGUUUUGGACAAGGCACAAUUUAUGACACAUGUGUUGCACGAUUGAUAGAAGGUGCUUUAGAUGGAUACAAUGCAACAGUUCUAGCUUAUGGUCAGACUGGUUCUGGCAAAACUUACACAAUGGGUACUGGUUUUGAUGUGGAAGUUGAGGAAUCUGUUAUUGGCAUUAUUCCUAGAGCAAUUAAGCAUCUGUUUGAUGGAAUAGCAGAGAAGCAACAGCAUGCUAGGGAACGUGCACAAAUGCCUCCUGAAUUUAAGGUUACUGCACAAUUUUUGGAAUUGUAUAAUGAAGACUUGAAAGAUCUGUUGGAACCAGGUGGACCAAGAGGUGGGGCCCGCAUUCAUGAAGACACUUCUGGCAACAUUCACUUAGCUGGUGUUGAACCACGAAUUGUAACUAGUUUGGAACAAGCGCUAGACUAUUUACGAUUAGGAGCAUUAUCGCGCACAACUGGGUCCACACAAAUGAAUACUCAGUCGUCGAGAUCACACGCAAUAUUUACCUUACACAUAAGGCAGCAAAGAUGCGUUAAAGUUGAAGAUCCGGAUGCUGAUAUCGACACAAGCGGAACGGAACCAGCAAACGAGUUUGAAACUUUAACUGCAAAAUUUCAUUUUGUAGAUUUAGCUGGCUCAGAAAGAUUAAAAAGAACUGGUGCUACAGGAGAUAGAGCGAAAGAGGGAAUAUCUAUAAAUUGUGGACUGUUGGCUUUGGGUAAUGUGAUUUCAGCACUCGGUGACAAAACAAAGAAAGCUUUACAUGUACCAUAUAGAGAUUCUAAAUUGACUAGGCUACUUCAAGAUUCUCUUGGAGGGAAUAGUCAGACUGUUAUGAUAGCCUGUGUGUCACCAAGUGACAGAGAUUUCAUGGAAACUCUAAGCACAUUAAAGUAUGCAAAUAGAGCAAGAAAUAUAAAGAACAAAGUUACAAUUAAUCAAGAUAUGAGCUCGAGAACUAUAGCUUCUUUAAGAAGAGAGAUACAACAACUUCAGUUAGAAUUAAUGGAGUAUAGACAAGGCAAAAGAGUUGUUGGUGAAGAUGGUGUCAACGAUGCUUGGCAUGAAAAUCAAAUGUUGAACAGUGAGCUACAAAGUCUACGUACUAGAGUCAAAGCUCUUUCAGAGACUGUUGAAGCAUUAACUGCGAAGAACGUUCUUCUUCUAACAGAAAAAGCUGCUGGUAAGUGGAUAUCAUCAGGUGGAAAUGGUGAAGUUACAAGCUUGGUACAAGGAUAUGUUCAAGAAAUAGAGGAACUAAGAGCCCGUCUCUUGGAAGCAGAAGCUAUGUACCAACAAUUAAAAAAACGGCAAUUGCAGGUUAAUGCAGCAAAUCCUUAUGGUGACUCUGGAUAUGUAUUUCAAAAUGAUUCUACAUCAGUAUUAAAUGACGCCAAAAAAGAAUUACAGAAGGAAAUUGAAACGCUGUCUGCACUAAAAGAGCAGCAAGCGUAUAGUGGCAAUACUGCCAAUAAGGUGAGUGAGGAAGGAGAAGGCGAUGAUGCAGAGGUUGUCCAAGACUCUGCGAGCGAAGAUGAUUCCGAUGAUGAUUCUGAUAGAAAAGAAGAAGACGAAGAGGAGGCAGCUAUGGGUCGUGAGUUAGAGGCUCUAACAUCGGAUAUAGAUAUGAAGCAACGGUUAAUUCAGGAGUUAGAACUCUCUCAGCGGCGACUACAAACUAUGAAACAGCAUUACGAGGAUAAACUCGCGCAGUUGCAGGCUCGUAUUAAAGACACGCAAGAAGAAAGGGACAAAGUGUUGAAUUCUCUGCAACAACAACCAACACCGCCGACGGAAAAAGUAAAGAAACUGCGUGACGAGUACGAGAAGAAACUGACCGCGAUGCAAAAAGAAAUGCGACUCUUACAGUCUGCUAAAAAGGAGCACGCGAGACUACUAAAGAGUCAGUCUCAAAACGAGAAUAGAUUAAGAGGAUUGCGAAACGAACUUGCAGAAAUGAAGAGAGCUAAAGUGAAGCUGUUGAAUAAAAUGAGAGAAGAGGCUCAAAGACACAAGGAGAAUGAGUUGAGGCGGAAUAGAGAAAUCGCUCAAUUGCGUAAAGAAAGCAGAAAGAAUGCAAACAUGAUUAGAACUCUGGAAGCUGAUAAAAGGAUGAAAGAGGUGGUGUUGAGACGUAAACAAGAAGAGGUUACUGCGCUCAGAAAACGAGACAGAGGUCUCAGUCAGAAGGUAGCAGGUCGAGCGCCACCUAAACCGAUUAAUCCGAAAGCGUUGAAGCAAAGAUGGCAGACGUUUGAAAGAACAAUCGCGAAACAAGCAUUGGCUAAACAGGCGGCUGCAGAAACUGAGAGAGAAAUGGAAAGACUCCUUCAGGAACGCGAGGAACUAGGCAGAGAGCUUGAGAAGCUUCAGAAACUCAGGAAUGAUUUAACAAGCAAAAGAGGAGAUCCAAGUGACGUUGACGAAGAGAUUGAUAAUGUAAAAAGUAAAAUUAGUUAUUUGCAGGAUAGCAUAUCCGAAUGCCAACGAGAUAUGAUGGAAGUGGGUGAUGGAGAAACAGAGGGUGAACCAGGAGUUGAAGCUCUCAUAUCAACAGUUCAAACAGUGGAUGAAGCUCAAUACUUACUGCAAAGAAUGCUGGCUUUCACUGUGGAACAAAGUUGUGUGGCAGCUCAGAAGCAACUUGAGGUACGAGACAUGGAAUCACGGCUGAACCAAGUUGCACAGGAAAGCGAUGUGCAGCAUCAGUUAUUGGAGCAUGUAUUGAGGGACAGAGAUCUUCUGUCCCUUACGAAUAACCAUCACAAUAAUACGAUGAACUACAGCCCUCCAAGUUCGAGGAGCUCCUCACCGGACAUCGAAAGUUAUAGUCAAGUUAUAAUGGGAGAGGAAAGACAACGUAACAAUAAAGUUAGACGAAGAACUACACAACCUCAAGAACUUCUUUACGGAGUGCAAGCAAAUCCAGACAAUAUAAAGACAGAAGAACAAAGUCAGAACUAUAAUCAUCCACUUACCAGGGUACCUAGUGCGCCAGGUAGUUUAAAAGGUUUGGUAUUGACAAGAAGUCAGCACAAUAUUACUGGAGGAUCUCCGACUUUAAGUCGACGUGAUAGUACAUCACCAAGGCCGCUCCGACGACCAUUGCAUCCUGGUGGAGGCUCCAUGGAACAGGUAGCACAUACAGAUGUGUCAUCACCUCCUGGAUCACCGACCACUUAUCGCCGAUUCAACAGUAGGGAAGAAAAUGUAUUCUCCAGACUGACAGCGAGUAGGCAACCAGCGUCGACAUACCCACAGCCUAUGAAAGGAAUCAUUUCCCAAUGCCAAGGCAAGACGCCACCGAGAGCCGUUUUGCAAUGUACUCACGUAGCAGAGGGGCAUAGUAAAGCCGUUCUAGCUAUAUGCGCGACCGAAGAUCUAUUAUUUAGUGGAUCAAAAGAUCGAACUGUAAAAGUAUGGGACUUAAGAACCGGAAUUGAAAAUCUCACCUUAAUUGGUCAUCCUAACAACGUUGUUGCAGUAAAGUACUCACCAGUACAGAACUUGUUAUUCAGCGUAUCUUCUGCCUAUGUAAAAGUUUGGGAUUUAAGAGCAGCCAACAAUUGCAUAAAAACUUUGUUCUCAUCUGGCCAAGCUCAAAGUGGACAAAUUGCAUUAUCAACUCAACUUCCAAUGGGUGAAACUGCUAUCAACGAUUUGGUACUUAGUCUUGAUGAACAAGAACUGUACGCUGCAGCUAGUGACAAAGUUAGAGUAUGGGAUCUUAGAAAAUUGACGCACAUAGGAAGAUUGGGUACGCCUCAUACGGCUGCAGUAAUGUGCCUGGCUGUUGCGAAUGAUGGUAGAGUGAUAGCUGGUAGUAAGGAUCAUUUGAUAUCGCUUGUUGAGCCUAAUAUGUCUGGUCAGUCAGUGUGUUUGGCACCACCACAUUACGAUGGAGUUCAGUGUUUAACCGCGUGCGAUUCUACACUUUUCUCUGGCUCAAGAGAUAUGUGCAUUAAACGUUGGGAUCUACAUAAAAUGGAACUAGUUCAAUCACUGAACAAUGCACACAAAGAUUGGAUUUUGGGAUUAUGCAUGAUUAAUAGCGGAACUAUCAUGGUCUCAGGUUGUCGAGGAGGAGUUCUAAAGGCGUGGUCUGUACCAAAGGAACAAGGUGGGGAGUGUGCACCAAUUGGAGAAGUUCGGGCACACGGAUCCGCUAUCAAUGCUGUGAUAACUAAUCAGCAGCAUGUUUUUACUGCGAGCAACUCUGGAGAGGUGAAGCUGUGGCGUGUCCCUGAUCCCUCAAUAUCCAUGUCCAUUUCCGCAGUUUCCCUUUAACUUAUUUUUUUAUAUUGCUGUAUAUACUUAUUUUGCAUUUAUAGAUUGUUAAUGUGGUAAUGCGCGCAUGUUUGUUUAAUUACAUUUUGUAGUUCUCAAGAUGUUAACAUGUUUGUCGUCAUUGAAAAUAAUUACCUAACUGACGGCUACGAAUAACAGCAAAUGAAGCUAUCUCAUUAUUUUACUAUUUAAUAUUUGGUUUCUUCAUCUACAUGAUUUUUGCAUACUCGAAACAUUUUAUUCCUUAUUGCAUUUAUAUAUUUAAGUAUUCUUCAAAUUUGUCAUUUGAUGCAAUAACAAAACUAUGCAACCUAAAAGUCGUAAAUGUGAAUUACACAUUUACAUUUAUAAUUUGUUUUCCAUUUCCGCCUAUACUUACUAUUAAUAAUUGAUAGAAUAGAGUAUGUAUAUCUUGUUAAGAAACAGCACAGAUUUAAAGUUCCGCUCUAACAUCUACUAUCCUACUCUACUCAUUUCCAUUUCUAUCAAAACUGUGUGUAUGAAAUACUGCUUUUUGAAACGUAACUAAUGCCAGUUUGUAAGUCAUUGAUAGUGUGAUUGCAGUUAUGAAUGUAUCUGUAUGUAAAAAAUGUUUUGUGUUUAAUUGAAUGAACUAGUUGGAGAUAA